AUGUUGUUCAUCCUGUUGCAUUUUGAUAUGGAUAUGGAACUUGAGAAUGAUUAUGCCUGGAAGCCAAAAGAGGGAAUGACAUUUGAUUCAGAACAAUGUGCGUAUGAUUUUUAUAAUACAUAUAGAGGAAGAGUGGGAUUUAGCAUAAGAAAGGAUUAUUGUAGCAAGAACAAGUUCACUAACCAACUUAUUUGUAGAAUUUUGGUUUGCAACAAGAAGGGAUUUCAGAAGUUGGAUAAUGAGGAGCAAAUAACGAUUAGGUUUUGGGUAGAUGCACAAAUGAUCAUGUAUUAUGCCCCAUUUGGUGAUGUAGUUACAUUUGAUACGACUUACAAGUUAAACAAAGAAUAUAGACUCUUUGCAUCUUUUGUGGGAUUCAACCAUUAUAGGGAAACAGUUAUAUUUGAUGCAGCCUUGUUGUAUGAUGAGACCGCCAAAUUGUCUGUAUGCUUGUUUCAAACUUUUUUAGAGGCCAUGUCAAGAAAGGCACCAAAAAAUUUGUUCAUCGAUCAAGAUGUUGCAAUGGCUAAAGCCAUACCCAUUGUUAUGCCUGACACGAGUCACCGAUUGUGUACUUGGCAUUUGAUGCAAAAUGCAUUAAAACAUGUUAAUUGUCUCUUACAAGAUAAAGUGGUAAAGAGUGUACUAAAUAAAUUCAUGUUUGACAUUGAAGAUGAAAAUGAAUGGAAGUUAGAGUGGGUUGAAAAGCUUGAUAAAUAUGAUGCUCAUGAUAACCAUUGGUUGAAAUUGACUUUUACGAUACUUUAUGAGAAUCGAUACAAGGAGUUAGAAGUAGGAUAUGCUUUGUGCCAAAGAUUGCCAAAGGUGAAAGCGACAAGAAGAAUGUUAAUUCAAAUGGGUAAUGGGUAUACAAAAAAUAUUUUUGAGGAAUUUCAAAAUGAGUACUUUCAUUCCAUUGAAUUGGACAUAAAAGUAAUUGAAUAUGGCGAGGCUUGUACCAUAUACACAGUUGUUGUUGUUGCUAGGAAACAUGCAAAGAAAGUCAAGAUGAAGAGGGAUGACUCUUUGGGUUGUAAUCGUACAAAGUUUGAAAGGAAAGGAAUUUUGUGUUGCCACUCUUUGAAGGUUAUUAGAGACGUAUUGAAGAUGAAAGAGGUUCCUUCACAAUACAUUCUGAAGAGGUGGACCAAACAAGCAAGAGCUAAAAUUGUGAGGGACAUUAAUGGGAAAUGA